GCAACACACGACAUUCCAGUCGCAGCGUGAAAGGAGCUGAAAAUAACCCGACCUUGCUCAAACAUAAACGCUGCCCUUUUUCGCAUUUCUUGUCUCCAGGGCACUUGCGCUAUUAGCUGACCGUGUAACCAAGCUACAUUAGCAAGAACGCGCGUGGCGCAUCUGUUUGGCGCGCAAGUACUCUGUGUGCAACGUGGGGAUGGCCCUCCUCGUGCCGCAAGCAAACGCGUCGCCCUUUGAGCCCUUCCAUUUUGACACAAAUCCUUUUCUUAACGAGGGCGGCGCAUCGGCAAUCGAUUUUCAUGAUUUGUUUCGCCUUCUUAAGGAGGAUGGCGGGGCGGAGGGCCUUGAGGCUGGGCCCAUGGGAGCUGGCUUAGAUUGCCCGCAAGGCUCUGAAGGCCUAGCCGACAGUCCAGCUUCAUCAACGGGCUGGGUGGCCUCGCCGACCCCGGCAGGUGCAGCUCCGCUGCCAGCUGCCCCCGCCGUGAGCCUGGCCACUGCGGCUGCACCCUCCGCAAGGCAAGCAGCACGCAACGAUACCAAAGCGGCGACGGACACAACCAAACGGAGCCGGGAGGCCGCUCAGAUCCCAAAAAGCAAGCAAAAUCAGCUCAAGGAGCUGGAGGCCCUCGCGGCUCAGAAGGCGGAGGAGGUGGAGCGGCUGCUGCGGCAAAACAGCGAGCUGAAGUUCAGGCACUCAAUUCUGCAGAAGGUGGUGAAUAUGCGGGACCACCAGCUCAAGGUAAUGCGGGGGCCCGGCAGCGGCGCCUUCGGCGGCCCAGGCUACACGGUGCCAUGGGGCGGUGCAAACGGGGCCCAGCAGCAGCAGCCGGCGGCGCCCUCAUGCAGCGGCGCCAGCGGGACGAACGGUGGCGUGUGUGGCGGCGGCGGCGGCGGUAGCGGCGGCGCGCCGGGCACACCACAGAACCCGGCUGCGUCCGACGGCUGCGGCACCUGGGCGGCGGGCGAGGCGGCGGGCGAGGUGGCGGGCGCGGGCGCGGGGCCCGAUGGCGGUUGCAGUGGGGCUGCUGGAGGUGGCGGCAAUGCCGUGGAGCUGGUCCGCGGCACCGGGUGCGGGAAGCUGCUAGCGCCGGCGGCUCCGCUGUCUGACGCCGAGCGGGAACGGUUCCGGAACCUGGGCAAGGGCCAGCUGAUAGAGAGCUGGAAGAAUUUCCUUUCUGAUGUGGCGGUGCCGCUGCUGGCUCUGGAGACCGACCCGCGGGACGAGGCGGCUGCGGCGCAGCUGGCGGCGGCGGCGGCGCAGGCGGCCUACCUGAUCAAGGGCGCCAGUCUGCUGGCACCCGACACCCUGGCCACAGCCAUGCAGAUUCACCUGGAGUCGGAGGCGCCAGGCGCGCCGGAGCCGGGGCACUGGCUGCCGGUGGUGCGCACCCUGGAGCUCAGCCCGCAGCAGGAGGCGGAGCUGAGGGCGGUGUGGGGGCUGUACAGCGGCGUCAUGCGGGCGGUGGUGGCGGAGCGGGGAGGCAUCAUGGCGACGCUGGCCACGGGCGUGCACGGCUCCACACAGGACAUUGUGCGCAUGAUGUCGCAAAUGACUGUGUCGCCCGAGUGCGAGGUCAUGCAGACGCUCCAACGCAACAUGCGGCGUGAGAAGUCCGCGCACCUGCUGCUGCGGGGCUACCUGUACGGGCACACGCUCACCACACUGCAGUUCGUCAAGGCGAGUGUGUAUUCUUAUCCCUGGCUGCCCGACGCCACAGCCAUUGUGGCGGUUGUGGCGGAGCAGGGCGCAGGGGCUGCCGCCGCCGCUCCGGGCGCCGCCCCUUGAGGAGGCCCCCGGUUGCUACGGUGUUGGUUCUGCCGGGGAUGACGAGCCCUGCGCAUGCACGAUUGCGGGAUGAUGGGCGUGCAGGAGGACGGGCAUGGCGACGGACGCCAGAGAGGCUUUGGGGUGGGGAGGAAGGCACGUGGGAUGCGUGAAAGCGCGUACGAGGAAGUCAGUUUGGUCACAGCCGUUGGUAAACAGGUUCAGGCUAGGACAUGCCAUUGUGUCAGUUGUGGUGUGCACACGCCAGUGGGAAUGUCAGCCGAGUGUGCUCUGUAUGGGUCAUUUGGGGUGGGCCGCACAGUGGCACCAGCGCAUGACAUGAGUAUUUCAAGGUAUUGGUUACAACAGCAUCUCAGAUGCUGACUCCACGCACGGAGGCGCUGAGACGACAAGAAUUUGCGUAGCGGAUGAAACUUGGUGCAAGGACCGGCAGCAUUCAGGAGGUAAUGGACUUGGCGAUUUGGCCGGUGAUGCGGACACGUCCGGCCAUUUGAGCAAUACAGUAGGCCAUUGCAGACACGAUUGCAGACGUUGCGCAUGCUGGCUCGCCACUCGAUAUUGGGUGUGAGCAUGUGAUGCGAGGUUGUAAUGGGCCAUGCCGCUGGAACCUGGCUGGAACAGUGUCUCUGAGCAGAAUUGUGAACUCAUCUGGGUUUGCAAGUUACAGGAUUGCACCUCGUACCGGUAGUGCCAUGCAUGUGUUAUGUGUGAGGCAAGAGCGAGGAUGCGGAGACUGUUGGGGGGUUGUACGUGUUCACUUCGGCGGCAUGCUGAUUGCCUGACGUGCAUGAGUUCCGCAACACUCGUCAAGUGCAUGUUGUGGAAAUUGAGGAGGCAGUGCAUCCGAUUUGGGGGACUGGAGGGGUCUUGGCGCGUUGUUGCUUGCUGCAGGUAGCCUUACAGAAUGCCCCGAUUCGGCGAUAUGUCCAGGACAACUGGAGGGUAGCGACGUGCAAGACGCACAUGAGAGGGAGGCAUGGGCGACAGGCGAGCCGGAUUGCCUGACAGACUCAGUAAAUGAGUGCUAAAGUGGCGGUGGAGUGCUAGGUGAAGCCGUGGAGGUUUACAUCGCUGGCCUCCCGGGCGGGGCUGUUGGGACCGGGGGUCCGGGAGGGUCCGGAGCGUCGGCCCCUGGUCUGCCAAUUUCGAUGCGCCUCCGUCAUCAGACUAGAAUCCCAUGGUAGUUAUGUCAAGGUAAUAGUCAUGCUUGUCGUUUAAUGACCCCAGAUAUAACCAACUCGAGGGGCCCUCGCGGAAACUGCUUCUUGACAUGCACAGGCAUGCACAUGGCGGGCGCAUGGUGGGCAUCGUCGGCGGAGGCACGGGCGGAGGUCGGGGAUGCACAGUAGUGCCGCAUCAGAAGCCGUGCUCUGUCCGCCAUAUCAAUAGAAGCACAUGCAACCUCACGGGCCAAUGAACGUGGCGAACUGCGGUUGACUUCACUCGGCGCUUGAUUUAAGCGAACCUGACGGGUCCGGGGGUGCCAAUUUC